AUGAAUCAGAUUGACUCAGCUUUGUUUCUGUGAAAGCCAAGGCCCAGUUGCCCAGGCUUCUGUGACACCCCCCUCUGGUCAGUUUGUAACAUGCACAUAAAAAGAGUCUCUUUGCAGGAGAAAUGGGAGACCAGGGAUUCCCUGGGAAAGCAGGACCACCUGGUGCAAAAGGAGCAGCUGGAGAGCCUGGCUUUCCGGGACAGAAAGGAACAAAAGGAGAGCCUGGAUUUCCAGAAAUAUGGGAACCCAGGAACUGCCAAGAACUGUUGGCCAAAGGGAAGAUUUUGAGUGGCUGGUACACAAUCUACCCUCAAGACUGCAAUGCCACCACCAUCUUCUGUGACAUGGACACGGAUGGUGGGGGAUGGAUUGUUUUUCAGAGGCGCUGGGAUGGGUCAGUGAACUUCUUGCGAGAUUGGGAUUCAUACAAACGAGGCUUUGGCAACCAGCUAACAGAGUUCUGGAUGGGGAAUGACAACAUCCACUUCCUCACCUCUCUGGGACCCUGUGAACUCCGCAUUGAUCUGAGAGACUUUGAGAACAACUACUAUUUUGCCAAGUAUGCUUCAUUCAGAGUUUUAGGAGAGUCAGAGAAAUACAGACUAGUUCUAGGAGACUUCCUUGGUGGAAACGCUGGAGACUCUUUGUCGUACCACAGGGACAUGUCAUUUUCAACAACAGAUCAGGACAAUGAUAUGAGCUCCUUUAACUGUGCCAGAGAAUACAAGGGAGCAUGGUGGUACAAUGACUGCCAUUACUCCAACCUGAAUGGGAUAUAUUGGAUGGGUGCACAUGGGAGCUACGCUGAUGGCAUCAACUGGAAGACAGGCAAAGAAUACCACUACUCCUAUAAGCAAACGGAAAUGAAGUUCAGGCCAGUUUAACAUGGUGACAGGGUGCCUGACAGCUCCGAGAGGUGCCACUCACCAACCAAGAGAAGACACAAAACAUAAUAUUGUUUGGGGACAAAAAUGAACCAGGAAGGAUAUUACAGUGUAAGAGCCGGACAGAGAGAUGGAGACUUCAGAACGGGUCUUAAGGUGCUGUUUAUUGCCUAGAUGAGGUUCCAGUAGUUGUGGGUCGUGGGUGAGCCUAUAGCUGAUGGCUAUAGAAAAGCUGUGUGUCCUGAAGCUCUCUUCCAUUCAUGUUAUAAAGCAUUAUAUUUCUUUUUUUGCUGUGCAUCUUAUUAUAUAACAACCAAUCAAUACCUUUACUAUUACCUAUAGCCUAUCCUAACUACUAGCAUUA